AUGGACCGAGGCCGGGUGCUGGAGCAGCUGCUCCCCGAGCUCACGGGGCUGCUCAGCCUCCUGGACCACGAGUACCUCAGCGACACCACCCUGGAGAAGAAGAUGGCCGUGGCCUCCAUCCUGCAGAGCCUGCAGCCUCUCCCAGAAAAAGAAGUCUCCUAUCUGUAUGUGAACACAGCCGACCUCCAUUCCGGGCCCAGCUUCGUGGAGUCCCUCUUUGAAGAAUUUGACUGUGACCUGAGUGGCCUUCGGGAUACGCCUGAGGACGAAGGGGAGCCCGGCAAAGGAGCCAGCCCUGAGCCAGCCAAGAGCCCAUCUCUGAAACAUGCAGCAGACUUGCCUCCACCGCUCCCAAACAGGCCUCCGCCUGAGGACUACUAUGAGGAGGCCCUUCCCCUGGGGCCAGGCAAGUCCCCUGAGUACAUCAGCUCUCACAAUGGCUGCAGCCCAGCCCACUCCAUUGUGGAUGGCUACUAUGAGGACGCAGACAGCAACUACCCCUCAACCAGGAUGAAUGGAGAACUGAAGAACUCCUACAACGACUCAGACGCAAUGAGCAGCUCCUACGAGUCCUACGAUGAGGAGGAGGAGGACGGGAAGGGGCUGCAGCCCACGCACCAGUGGCCCUCUGAGGAGGCCUCCAUGCACCUGGUGAGGGACUGCAGGAUAUGUGCCUUCCUGCUGCGGAAGAAGCGCUUUGGGCAGUGGGCCAAGCAGCUGACUGUCAUCAAGGAGGACCAGCUCCUGUGUUAUAAAAGCUCGAAGGACCGGCAGCCACAUCUGAGGCUGGCACUGGAUGCCUGCAAUGUCAUCUACGUGCCCAAGGACAGCCGGCACAAGAGGCAUGAGCUGCGCUUCUCCCAGGGGGCUACUGAGAUCUUGGUGCUAGCACUGCAGAGCCGGGAGCAGGCCGAGGAGUGGCUGAAGGUCAUCCGAGAGGUGAGCAAGCCCAUCACAGGGGCCGAGGGGGCAGACAUGCCCAGAUCCCCCGUCCUCCUGUGCAAACUGGACCUGGACAAGAGGUUAUCCCAAGAGAAGCAGACCUCAGACUCCGACAGCCUGGGCAUGAGUGAUAACUGUUCCACCCUUGGCCGCAGAGAGGCCUGCGAACACGCAACAGGCAAAGGGAAGAAGAGCAGCCUGGCAGAGCUAAAGGGUUCGAUGAGCAGGGCUGCAGGCCGCAAGAUCACCCGCAUCAUCAGCUUCUCCAAGAGGAAGGCGCUGGCCGAUGACCUGCAGAUGUCCUCCACCGAAGAGGCGGUUCCGUGCUGUGGCUACCUGAACGUGAUGGUGAACCACGGCUGGAAGGAACGCUGGUGCCGCCUGAAGUGCAACACUCUGUAUUUCCACAAGGACCGCACAGACCUCCGGACCCACGUGAAUGCCAUUGCCCUCGGAGGCUGUGAGGUGGCCCCGGGCUUUGGGCCCAGACACCCAUUUGCCUUCAGGAUCCUGCGCAACCGCCAGGAGGUGGCCAUCCUGGAGGCAAGCUGCUCAGAGGACAUGGGCCGCUGGCUGGGGCUGCUGCUGGUGGAGAUGGGCUCCAAAGUCACCCCCGAGGCGCUGCACUAUGACUACGUGGACGUGGAGACCUUGACCAGCAUCGUCAGCGCGGGGCGCAACUCCUUCCUAUAUGCAAGAUCCUGCCAAGAUCAGUGGCCUGAGCCCCGUGUCUACGACGAUGUCCCUUACGAAAAGAUGCAGGAUGAGGAGCCUGACCGUCCCACUGGGGCCCAGGUGAAGCGCCACGCGUCCUCCUGCAGUGAGAAGUCCCAUCGAGUGGAUCCGCAGGUCAAAGUCAAGCGCCAUGCCUCCAGUGCCAAUCAAUACAAGUACGGUAAGAACCGAGCUGAGGAGGAUGCCCGGAGGUACCUGGUAGAAAAAGAGAAGCUGGAGAAAGAAAAGGAGACAAUCCGGACAGAGCUGAUGGCACUGCGGCAAGAAAAGAGGGAGCUAAAGGAUGCCAUUCGGAACAAUCCAGGCGCGAAGUUAAAGGUUCUGGAGGAGGCCGUGGCCACCCUGGAAGCUCAGUGCCGGGCGAAGGAAGAGCACCGGAUCGACCUGGAACUGAAGCUGGUGGCUGUGAAGGAGCGCUUACAGAGGUCUCUGGCAGGGGGCCCAGCCCUGGGACUCUCCAUAAGCAGCAGGAACAAGAGUGCGGAAACUACAAAUAAACCCCAGAACAAUCCUCCAGAGCAACCUCUCCCUGUAAACUGUGUUUCUGAGCUGAGGAAGAGGAGCCCAUCCAUUGUAACCUCCAACCAAGGAAGAGUGUUGCAAAAAGCCAAGGAAUGGGAAAUGAAGAAGACCUAG